UUCCGGUCAGCGUCGCCAUCUGCUUUCUCGUCCUUCUCCAAUCUCCGUGUUGUUGUUCCCGGUGACGCGGCGGAGGUGUAGCCUGACGCGGGCUCUUACGUGUCGGCCAGAAUAAAAGUGGAGCUCCGGAGGCCUGGGAGUGACGAAGGGAGACUGUAUCGGUUACAACAUCAGGUUAGCCAAUGAAGAUGGAGUCAGCAGCAGAGGUUCAGCAGGGGGCAGAGACUGCUGUGACUGAGACGGAGAACCAGCACAUCACCCCGGCACAGAUUGCUACUUUGGCGCAGGUGUCCAUGACAGCAGGACAUGCUUCAGCAACAGGUCCCACAGUAACACUGGUACAGCUGCCCAACGGACAGACGGUUCAGGUCCACGGUGUGAUCCAGGCUGCGCAGCCAUCUGUAAUCCAGUCCCCACAGGUCCAAGCCGUACAGAUCUCCACCAUAGCAGAAAGCGAGGAUUCGCAGGAGUCUGUAGACAGCGUGACCGACUCUCAGAAGCGCAGAGAGAUUCUGUCACGGCGCCCCUCAUACAGGAAACUUUCAUUUAUCCCUCAAAUAGUUGCAAUCACACAGGGUGGAGCCAUUCAGUUGGCCAAUAAUGGUACAGAUGGAGUACAGGGCCUUCAGACUCUGACUAUGACCAAUGCAGCAGCAGCCCAGCCUGGUGCCACCAUACUGCAGUAUGCACAGACCAGUGACGGCCAGCAGAUACUGGUUCCCAGCAACCAGGUGGUGGUCCAAGCUGCCUCAGGUGACGUUCAGGCCUAUCAGAUCCGAGCAGCCCCUGCCAGCACCAUUGCUCCCGGGGUAGUCAUGGCCUCGUCCCCUGCUCUUCCGACCCAGGGCGCCACUGAGGAGGUCACCAGAAAACGCGAGGUCCGCCUCAUGAAGAACAGAGAGGCGGCCCGUGAAUGUCGCAGGAAGAAGAAGGAAUAUGUUAAAUGUCUGGAGAACCGAGUGGCCGUUCUGGAGAACCAAAACAAGACACUAAUUGAAGAACUUAAAGCCCUUAAAGACCUUUACUGCCAUAAAUCAGAAUAGUUGCACUCCUGAACACCACACUGGGCCAAGUAGCAUUUCAAUACCUUUCAAAUGCUUUGACUGUUUCUGUCUACCUGGACUUCCGGUUUGCCCUUGCCUGGUCUUUAUCCCCACCCCCACAAAAUGGCUCUAUCCAGAAGACUGUUAUUACAAUAAAUUUAAAAAACAAAA